AUGUAAUAAUAAUCAUCUCCUAAAAUUAUUGAUAUUGCUAUUAGUACAGAAAUGCUUGGUCGUUAUGCUUAAUAUAAGAUUCAAGUUGAUCAAAAUAUUAUUUCUAGAAGGUUUAAUGAUUUUGUCCAUUUUUAUGAUGCAUUGCUUACUAAUUAUCCUGGACUAUUUGUUCCUAGACUCCCUGAAAAAUAAAUUAUGGUAACUUUCUAAUGAGAAUGUUAGGGAAAUCUUGGAGAAGACUUCUUACAAGUCAGAAGAAGAAUGCUCUAAUAUUUCUUGAAUUCAAUAUUCAAAAGGAAAAUCUUAUGGAAUUCACCAUAAACAAAAUAAUUCUUUAAUGAAUAGAACUAAACUUGGUUACCAUUAAAUAAUGUAAGUUUAUCAUUAUAAGAAAAAUAUAAAUAAAAUGCUCCUGAUUGUUCUAAUGUAACCAAUAUAAUUAAAUAAAGAUAGAAAUUACAUUAGAUAUGAAAUGUGAAUAUUAUGAUUUUUAAUCAUUUGUAGUAAAAGUUAAGCCAAUGAUAGAAAAUUUUAAAAAAAUGUGCAAUAAUUAUGUGACUGCCAAAACAAAUUUCAAUACAGAAAAAUUAAUUUUUGUGAAUUAUGUACUUCCAGAAUUUGAAAAGAAUUUAUUGUAUAAAAGUGAUAAGAAAUUUUUUGAAAAAAUAAAACCUUUAGAUUUGAUGAAGAAUUAAAAAUAUGAUAAAGUUCGUAAAUUUUAAAGUGAUUAAAUUUUAAUUGAUUUAUAUAUUAUGGAGAGUGAUAUAGAGGUGAUAAAAUACUAGAAAUAUAUUAGUCUUAUUUAAUUUCAUUUGAAUAGAUAAGGAAAUGGGAAGAGAAGAUCAUAUAAUAAGAGGAUAAAAUUAGAUAAUCUCAAUUAGAUUUAUAAUAAACUAUUAAUAAUUAGAGAAACGCAGUAGCAAAACUAUUCUUCGGAUCAAAAGAAAAAGAGAUUUCAAAAUUUCAGAAUUAGAUUUAUCAAGUAAUUAUAUUAGAUAUAUUAUUAUUAUAGUAUUCUAAAAGCAUAGAGGAAUUAAAGGAUUUGAUUAAUAUCACAAUAGGUUAAAUGUGUUUAAUUGAAAUUCCUGAUUUCAUAAAAGAGAAAUAAUAUAAUUUUUUUAAACUAAUAAAGUUUAUAGGUUAAUAAGAGAUAGAACAGAUAAGUAUAACAGCCGAUUAUUGGCAUAGCAUUUUAGAUUCACGUUUAAUAUCUCAGAUUGAAUAAUAGUCAAUAAAAGAUUCAGUUAUUAUAAUAGAGUAGAAAUUAGAGGAUUAAAGUUAGUAAAUAAAUGAAGAAGAGAAAAGUUAGAAUUAAGAAAAUAAGGAUUAAAAGAGCAAUAUGAUAUUGUAAUAGUAGAAAUAAUAAAGUGAAUAAAAUUGA